AUGAUAGAGCUUACGGUCCCUUGGGAAACCAACAUCCCCAAAGACCAUACCAUCAAGGUCAACAAAUAUUACGAGCUCACAAACGAACUCACUCGAAAUAGGUUCGUAGUAGAUUUGUACGCGGUAGAGGUGGGAGCGAGAGGUAUAACAGCGAAAUCUCUCUACAACCUACUAAAGGACCUGGGCUUGUCCAGAACUCACAUUAAUGCAUUCUUGGAAGGUAUAUCGAAGGAAGCCCUAGUAGGUUCUUAUCAAAUUUGGUUAGGUAGGGAGAGGAGCUUGGACAGUGGAGGUGAGCGUAUAACGCGCGUUAGUUAA